GAGCACUCGGAUCCAGAUAUUCAGCUUUUUGUUGAACCAUGGUGUUCCACCCUCAACAAUCCCAAAACAGAUCGCCUGUUUUCUUCUCCAAGCACCACCAAUGCCUGCAACUCUAAGUAACCUCUUGUUUCCUCCCUAUAUCUUCUCUUUCAGUUUCACAUUCCUUGUCUUCUUCCACCAUUGUUACUCCAUUGAUGACCAAGGCCAAGCUUUACUAGCAUGGAAGAAGAGCUUGAACUCCACCACAGACGCACUGAAAUCGUGGAACUCGUUGGACCCUACCCCAUGCAACUGGUUCGGGGUUCGUUGCAGCUUGGAGAUGGAGGUUGUGGAGAUAAGCUUGAAAUCGAUGGACUUGCAGGGCUCGCUGCCGUCGAAUUUCCAGUCUCUUAAAUCCUUGAAGACUCUCGUGCUUUCUUCGAACAAUCUCAGUGGCGUGAUCCCUGGAGAAUUCGGGGAUUACCAUGAGCUUGAAUUUGUUGACCUUAGUUGCAAUUUGCUCUCGGGUGAAAUCCCGGUGGAAAUCUGCAGGCUGAGAAAACUGCAGACUUUGGCUCUCAAUACCAACUUUCUUGAGGGUGAAAUCCCGCCGGGAAUCGGAAACCUUUCCGGCCUUGUUUAUUUGACGCUGUUUGACAACCAACUGAGCGGUGGAAUACCAAAGAGCAUUGGGGAAUUGAGGAAGCUUGAAGUUUUUCGAGCCGGUGGGAAUAGAAAUCUUAAAGGCGAGCUUCCAUGGGAGAUUGGAAACUGCACCAACUUGUUGAUGUUAGGCCUGGCCGAGACCGGCGUUUCCGGCAAUCUUCCGUCGUCGAUCGGGAUGCUGAAAAGGGUUCAAACCAUAGCCAUUUACACAUCUUUGUUAUCAGGUUCCAUCCCUGAGGAGAUUGGUAAUUGCAGUGAGCUGCAAAAUCUUUACUUGUAUCAGAAUUACAUAUCCGGUGAGAUUCCAAGGCAAGUUGGGCAGCUCAGCAAGCUUCAGAAUAUGCUAUUGUGGCAGAACAGCUUGGUCGGUACUAUCCCGGAUGAGCUCGGAGACUGCAGGGAGCUGACCGUGGUCGAUUUAUCGGAGAAUCUUCUAACAGGUAGCAUACCAAGAAGCAUUGGGAAACUUUCAAAGUUCCAUGAGCUUCAACUGAGUGUUAAUCAGUUGUCAGGUACAAUUCCAUCCGAAAUCUCGAACUGCACGGAGUUGACUCAUCUCGAACUCGACAACAACGGCCUCUCCGGUGAGAUUCCGAUCGACAUAGGCAAGCUAAAGAGUUUGACUAUAUUCUUUGCCUGGCAAAAUAAGCUGUCCGGAAGCAUUCCAGGCAGUCUUUCUCAGUGCCAGGAGCUCCAGGCACUUGAUUUGUCCUAUAACAGCCUCUCGGGUUCAAUCCCGAAAGACAUUUUUGGCUUGACAAAUCUCACCAAGUUACUGCUUCUUUCCAAUGAUUUAUCCGGCUUUAUUCCACCGGAGAUCGGAAACUGCACCAAUUUGUAUAGGUUGAGAUUAAAUGGCAACAGGCUUGCAGGAACAAUUCCAUCAGAGAUUGGAUAUCUGAAAGACUUGAACUUUGUGGACUUAAGCAAUAAUCAUCUCGUCGGAGGAAUUCCUCGAUCGAUAUCCGGAUUUCGAAGCCUCGAGUUUCUUGAUCUCCAUUCAAACAGACUCUCUAGAUCAUUGCCAGAUAUUCUUCCUACAAGCCUGCAAUAUGUUGACAUUUCAGACAACAGCCUUAUAGGUCAACUGAGUCGUACAAUUGGUUCCUUAAGUGAGUUGACUAAGCUUAACUUGGGAAAGAAUCAACUUUCCGGGCAAAUUCCAUCUGAGAUAUUGUCUUGCAGUAAGCUCCAGUUGUUAGACCUGGGUGACAAUGGUUUUUCUGGUGAAAUACCAAAGGAACUAGGCCAGAUUCCGGCACUCGAAAUCUCUCUAAACCUUAGCUGCAAUCGAUUUUCCGGUAAAAUCCCAUCCGAGUUCUCUGGCCUUACCAAGCUGGCAGUACUUGACCUCUCUCACAACAAAUUCUCUGGCCAGUUAGCUGUCCUUGCAAGUCUUCAAAACCUUGUUUCCCUUAAUGUCUCCUACAAUGAGUUCUCAGGGGAGUUACCAAAUUCGCCAUUUUUCCGAAAACUCCCAUUGAGUGACCUUGAAUCAAACAAAGGCCUCUACAUCUCCAAUGGCGUUGUAACCUCGGCUGAUAUUGAACAUUCAAGGCGUGUUAAACCAGUAGUGAAGCUAGCCAUGUCCAUCCUUAUAGCUACCAGUGUUAUUCUAGUACUCCUCGCGAUCUACGUGUUACUCCGUGCCCGAAUUCCUGACAAUGGCCUUAUGGAAGAUUACACGUGGACAGUGACCUUGUAUCAGAAAUUCGACUUCUCGAUCGAUCACAUAGUGAACAACUUAAAUUCAGCUAACAUGAUUGGCACCGGGAGCUCCGGGGCUGUAUACAGGGUAACGAUUCCAAACGGCGAAGCACUAGCAGUGAAGAAGAUGUGGUCAUCCGAAGAGUUCGGUGCAUUCACUUCUGAGAUCGAGACACUAGGCUCGAUCAGACACAGGAACAUCGUUAGGCUUCUCGGUUGGGGUUCGAACUUGAAACUGAAGCUAUUGUUUUACAAUUAUCUUCCGAACGGAAGCUUGAGUUCGCUCAUUCACGGUGGCGGUAAGAGAGGAGCCGACUGGGAGACUCGUUACGACGUCGUGCUUGGCGUGGCACAUGCUCUUGCUUACUUGCACCAUGAUUGCGUGCCCGCAAUCUUGCAUGGAGAUGUCAAAGCCACGAAUGUCUUGUUAGGUCCUUGUUAUGAGCCUUACCUUGCUGAUUUCGGCUUAGCCAGAGUUUUGAAUAGCAAUGGUGAUAAAGUUUCCAAAUCAAGUCCAAGACCACACUUAACUGGUUCUUAUGGAUACAUGGCUCCAGAACACGCCACAAUGCAACCUAUCACAGAGAAAAGUGAUGUCCACAGCUUCGGUGUAGUCCUUUUAGAGAUUCUGACCGGAAGACACCCAUUAGACCCAACUUUACCAAGUGGUGCAAACUUGGUUCAGUGGGUUCGAGACCAUUUGGCUAGCAGAGGGGACCCAAGUGACAUUCUGGACCCAAAGCUUAGGGGAAGGGCCGACCCUGCUAUGCAUGAAAUGCUACAAACAUUAGCUGUGUCAUUCCUCUGUGUUAGCACCCGACCUGAUGAUCGUCCUAUGAUGAAAGAUGUUGUUGCAAUGCUCAAAGAAAUCCGUCACCCCGAAACCGACGUUUCAAAGGGAACCACAAAAGCCCCUCGGUCACCAUCGCCGCCGUCUAGAAUCAUGGUGCAGCAGGGAUCAACAAGCUGCUCGUUUACUUUCUCUGACGAUUCGAGCCAGUCGUGAAGGGGGAGAUUUCAAGUUGUAUCAAUGUGAUAGUUCGUAACCUGUUCAUAGUUCAUUGAAGAAUCCAUUCGAGCUUCAGCGUUAAAGAUUGGAUCAAGUUGUAAUUUCUGCUGUAUUUGGUAUUGUAGCUUGCAAUAAUCAAGUACUUAGCUUUCACUUGCCUACGCCUACAGAGUGUGUGUACUUGUUAUCCAUAGGCAACUAUUAGGCUUUAGGAUCGAGUCGUUGUAGUCGAUGCUGGAACAACGAUUGUUAGUGUUGGAUUUAUACAAUUAGAACUUAUUACAAGAAAGAGAUUCUCUGUCUCAAAAACCUAGCUUAACAGCAGUGAUCAUGUGGUCCCACGUUCCCUACAUCACAUGUCCAUGUGCUGUCUAACAAAGUCAUUUCUUCCAGCAAUGUUAGAAGCCUCCCCAAAGGUAAAACUAACCUAGGUUUGGAACAACUCUAUAUGUCCUAAUCUGCAGCACAUGCCAGUAGCAAUCUACAUUAUUAGGACUUGUACCUGGAUAUACAUAUCAAACAUGGAUAUAUUCAAAUUUUCACCAAACUU